AUGUUUUACAUAAUAUGUGUUUGGGCAUGCUCAUGUUUUCAUGCUCAAAAACAUACUGCUGCAUGUUCUUGCAGGUACAGUCAAUUGGCGGUGUUGCCUCAUGUUAGACAGCGAGACAGUUUUGAUACUUCUGGUUUCUCUUAUUCAGUUCACAAGGUCAAAGAUGGAGAGACUCUGAGCGACAACAACAAACAAGAACUGGAGGACAUAAUGGCAAAAGCGUAUGAAGAUAAUGCAGAUGAUCUGAGGAUUGUGCUGCUGGGAGUCUCUGGAGCUGGAAAGAGUUCAAUAGGAAAUGCAAUACUGGGUCGAGAGGUGUUUAAAGAGAGCAGAACCAGAGAGAGUGAGGAACAGAGAGGAAGAGUAGAAGACAGAAACAUCUCCAUCAUCGACACUCCAGGAUUCUUCAACACUCACCUGACUGAUGAAGAGAUGAAGAAGCAGAUGAUGAAGAGUCUGUUUCUCUGUUAUCCUGGUCCUCACGUGUUCCUGCUCGUCAUUAACCUGGAGAACAUUGAGGAGGAGCAGAGGAACAUUGUGGAGCAAAUCCAGGAGAACUUUGGAGAAGAAUCUUUGCUCUUUACUAUGGUGUUGUUUAUAGGACGGGAAAAAAUAUCCAGAAGAAAAUGUAUUCAAAUCAUUGAGAGUGAAGAAAUACUGAAAAUACUGAACAAUUUUGAGGGAAGAUUUCAUGUGAUAAACAGCAAAAGUGAAUGUGAUCCCAACCAGAUCACAAAGCUCCUGACGAGUAUUGAUGAAAUGGUGAAGAACAACGGAGGACAAAACUACAGCAAUGAGAUCUACCUGAAGAAUAUGAGAAAACUCAGAGAUCAAGAGGAGAGAAUGAUACAGGAAGAAAAGAGACUAAAACAGGAAGAAGAGAGAACAAAACAAGAGCAGGUAAGAAAAAGACAAAUAAAGAGGGAAAAAAUACAGGAAGCAAGAGAGGCAUGGAAACAGAAAAGAGGGAUAGGUCAAGAGGAGGACAUAAAAACCAAAAACAAAGAAAAGAGCAUAAAACAUGGCAAUGAGAAGAAAAAAGAGGAUGUGAAGGAAAGAGCACAAUAUGUGAGAGAGAAGGAGGCUGCAGUCCAGAAAGAUCUCAGGAAACAGAUGGAAAGUCGGAGAGAGAAAGAACGACAGAGAUGGGAACUAGAAAGAGAAAUGACACAAGAAGAUCCGUCUAGACCAGACAGCCCAGAGCAACAAGAGGAAAGCAAAGAAAAGACAAACAAAGGAGAUAAUAAGAUGCAUCAAGAAGAGGAAAUAAAUACACAAAGCAAAGAAGAGAUGAAUGAAGGAGACAAUGAGAGAAAUCAAGAAGCUACAGAGAGGCAGAGGAGGUUACGUGGACUAUUCAGAGAAACAGAUCAUCUCUUGGGUCUCAUGAUGGGCCUUGAGUUAAGUGAAAUGGCUCUGAGAUUGUCACUAGCAAGAGCAAUGGCACACAGUCUGUCAAAACAAGAUCUGAGGAUUGUGCUGCUGGGUUUACUGGGAUCAGGAAAGAGUUCAACAGGAAACACCAUCCUGAACAGAGAUGCGUUUACAGCAGGUUUAAUGACAACCACUAGGACCUGUGAGAAACGAGAAGUGGUGGUGUAUGGAAGAACCAUCUCAAUAAUAGACACACCAGCCAUCAUUUUAAAUAGCUCCUUGUUUAUGGCCCAUCAACGGUGUGAAAUCGAGAAAAGCUUAGAGAUGUCCGCUCCUGGUCCUCAUGUGUUUCUGCUGAUGAUCAACCUGUUGGAAUUCACAGAGGAGAAGAACACAGUGAAAUGGAUUCAGGAGAACUUUGAAAAAGAUGCUUUGAAUCACACAAUUGUUCUUUUCACUCGUGAUGAUUUGUUUGAUUUGCUGAUAGAUGAACCUCUGAAUGAGUAUUUAAAAAAAAGCACUGAUCUACAAUCACUGAUUGACAGCUGUGGUGGCAGAUUUCACUCAUUCAACAAUAAGGCAGUCCAAAACCGCUUUCAGGUCAUAGAACUGCUGGUGAAGAUUGAUGAAAUGAUGGAGAGAAAUGGAGGGAAGCACUACACCAAACACAACAUCUUUAAAAGAGCCCAGAGUAACAAUCAGCCAAACACAACCCAAGAUGAUAGUUGUAUAAUACUAUAAAACCCACAGACUUGUGAAUAAUGUUACAGCUGGCAAAAAUAUAAUGAAAGUAAACCUGCUCAUGUUUUCUGUGAAGAUCAACAUAAAUGAGGAACAAAUUAAUUUCUAUCAGGUCAAGAUAUGUUUAUUUUAAGCCCGUGAUGCACUGUACGAUUUUAGCAAUCCUUUAAGAUCAUUACAAAUCACACUGUGCGACAUGGAUCUAUUAAACUUGGGCACGACAUGCAUGUAAACUGUACGAUGAUGACACCUAUUGACUCGUAGGCUACGAUGCAAGUUUCUAUAGAAGAAUAAAACGUCAUCAGCAUGCGCUAGUGGUAAACAAAAAUAUUAUGUUGAAUUACACUUUGCCAGUUGUAGAUUUUAUGUGUGCUGAAAAUAAAAAGGAAGCGGCAAAAUAAGAAGGGAAAAGAACUUGAGGUAAGCGGUUUUAAGUUUUAGUGCCGUGUUGUGUUUAUUUCAUGUCACAUUUUUAUUGGCUGGUCAGUAGACGUAGGUCGUAGCAGCAAACACACAGUGCGAUGAUCAUGCUGAAUUUCUGACACUGUCAGAAAAUGAUCGUAGGCUAUCUUUGGUCGCAAGACCGGGAAAACAGCCGUCUUUGAACCUCUCUGACUGUACGACAUAAGACCACCGAUUAAGAGCCACGAUCACAGAAAUCACCAUGAUUGUUUCACGAUGGCAAUCCUUUUUUCAAAAAUCGUGCAGUGUAUCCCGGGCUUUAGAGGAGCCCUAAGUUAGCCUGAGACAAGAGGUAAUCUUCUCUGUUUUGUCAAUGUUUUUGAAAAAAGUUUGGUAAAGAACUGAAAUUACAAAGUACAUCUGUGGAAACAGAUUCUCCUGCCCUUUAAAUAAUGCUUCAGACUGUGUCAUUAUUUUUCAAAUCAUUAAUAUUGGGGAUAUUUUCUUACAAACACAACUUAAACAAGUACACUCUCUGCAUUAAAUAUAUUGUGCAGGACAAACAAGUAAGAAAGUGUGCAGUCACUGAAAAUGACAUGUUAACAAAAAUUGUAUGAUUACAUUAAUUCAGUAUAGUUUUACACACACACACACACACACACACAUACAUAUACAGUACAGUAUAAGUAUAUGUGUGGUAAUAAUUAUAUAAUGAAAAAGAUUUAAAGGGAUAGUUCACCCAAAAAUUAAAAUUCUGUCAUCAUUUACUUUCAUAAUUUGCAUUAUGUUGUUCCAAGAGGGAAGAAGGAAACUGAGCCGCAAAUACAGAGAGCUCAUAGCUCAAAUGCAUUAAUUCUGUCCUGAUUCUUUGAUUCUCUUA